CAGCCUGUGCAUGAGAAGUUCAGUGUGUCCCUGCACAGAAGACAAUUUGAUAAACUACAAUCACAAGGAAGUGCAAUACUGUUUUCUAACUGGUUGGCUGUAACAGCUGAAGAAACAAGUUCCUGCCUGAGCUGGUGAACUUUCCCCUAGUUACAGAGUUGCUUGUUUACCAGGAAAGGGGCUAGACAAAAGCUGCUUUAGUUACACUCUGAGGGGUUCAAUAGUCUGAAGUUCUUCUAGCAAACUUCAGUACAUAUAUCAGCAUACUGAGCUGCUACCAACUGCUUAAUGACUUUCUGAAGGAUGUGUCCGAUUGGUCUCUUGCCCAUCUGUAAAUCUUAUAAAUGGAGGCUGGGGCUGUUAGAUUGCAAAUAUUGGCACUGGGAAUGUAGAGGAAUCCAUCUGUCUAAAAAGUGGAGUCAACAAACUGAAACCAUGGAUCCAAGCACUAGGCAAUAUCCGAGAGCACCGUUUGCCACCGCAGAAGCUGGGAUCUUUUGUCAAGAACCACCUCGGCUUGGAAACCCAUAUCUGGAAGAUGUAUUUCUCCAGGCUUACCUGAAAUCAUAUCUACCACCCAAGGUGUUUGCUGAGAUCGAUGUUGACCUUAUGAGGUUUGGGGCUCGCCUGAAGAAUGAAAUUGACUCCUUGGGACGUGAGUGUGAGUUAAACCCACCGAGGCUGCAGCAAUUUGAUGCCUGGGGCCGGCGUGUGGACCACAUAAUCACCUGCGCAGCCUGGAAAAAGAUGAAGGAGAUCUCAGCCGAAGAGGGGUUGAUUGCUGAAGCUUAUGAGAGGCGAUACUCCAACUGGAGCCGGGUUCAUCAGGUAGCCAAACUCUACCUAUAUGCACCUUCUGCUGGCUUAUUCACUUGUCCUCUGGCCAUGACUGAUGGAGCAGCAAAAGUAAUUGAGUCCUUGGGUAUUCCCAGGCCCGUGCGAGAAGCCUAUGCCAACUUGACAUCACGUGAUCCCAGGAAGUUCUGGACCUCUGGCCAGUGGAUGACUGAACGUAAAGGGGGCUCAGAUGUAGCUAAUGGCACCGAGACAGUUGCCCGGGAGCUGCCCAAUGGCACCCACACCCUUCAUGGUUUUAAAUGGUUCACAUCAGCCACUGACGCGGACAUAAGUCUGACCCUAGCAAGGGUUGUGUCUGCUGAAGGGCAGAUAGAACAGGGCUCCAAAGGUCUAUCUCUGUUCUACCUGGAAACACGAGAUAAGGAAGGGAAGCUAAAUGGGAUCCAGAUACAACGGCUGAAGGAAAAGCUGGGCACAAAGCAAGUUCCGACAGCUGAGCUCUUCUUGGAUGGAGCCAGGGCACACCAGAUAUCUGCAUUGGGUCGUGGAGUGGCCUCCAUCGCUAACAUGUUGACCAUCACUAGGAUCCAUAAUGCCAUCUCUGCAGUCGGAGGUAUGAGGAGAAUGAUCAGUAUGGCAAAGGACUACGCCACCAAGAGACAGGCCUUUGGUAAGCCCCUAAAGGAGCACCCCUUGCACAUGCAGACCUUGGCGAGAAUGGAGGUGCAAGCCCGUGGAGCAUUCCUUCUCCUUAUGGAAACGAGCAGACUGCUUGGGUUGGAGGACACCAAAAUGGCUACUGAACAGGACCUGCACAUGCUUAGGUUGCUCACACCUGUUGCAAAACUUUACACAGCUAAACAGUUUCAUUUUACAGGCUAUCGCUGUUAUCUCAGAAGGGCUGGAGUGUUUCGGAGGGCAGGGCUAUAUGGAAGACACAGGCCUGCCAGCUGCUCUCCGGGAUGUCCAGGUACUGAGCAUUUGGGAAGGAACAACCAAUAUCCUUUCCUUGGAUGUCCUGCGUGCCCUGAUCAAAAGUCAAGGAAAAGCACUGGAUGCAUUUUUCUCUUCGGCACAGGCCAAGUUGGAUGCAGCUAUCAGCCUCUCCGAACUGAAACCUUCUGCACAAGCAGUUCAAAGUGCUCUCCACAAGCUUGGACAGUUUAUUCAGAAAUCAGGCUCCAAGGCGGAUGCAGAGAUGCAGCUGGCAGCAAGAGACCUUGCCUACACUCUAGCCCGGACAUAUGGAGGAGUGCUUUUACUGGAAUAUGCCACCAGACCCAGUGCCUCAGCUACGGACAUCGUUACUGCUCAGAGGUGGUGCCACCAGGAGCUUUGCCCUAUAGACAGAGGAGAAAAAGCCGGCUCGUACAACACUGAAGCAGCUUUUCUUGAUCUCUCUUUGGUUUAUACCGGAAGUCCAGUUUUGGAAGCAAAAUUGUGACCAAGAAUCAGAACAUUCCAUCCGCUUGAUUGGAACAGAAGAAGCUGCAGGCGUAGCUCUGUGUAUCUGAUAAAGCAAAGCCAUUAUUGUCAUGGUGAUCGUUGGAGUGAAUGACACUAUGACAGCACGCCUCAUAGCACCAACUAAUCUACCUCUUCCUGCCAAUGAAAGAAAAGUGCCCCAAAAUAUUAUGAUGCUUCAGUAAGGCAGAAAAGACUUGUAAUUUUAA